AUGACUCUCGUCCGAAAUACGUUCAAAGGUUGCAGCGAGGACGAGGCAGCAGGUGUCGUGAACGCGGAGGUGGGCGGAGGUUGCGCGGCCGGGGCGCCAACCACAGGAAGUACCGCUGGAGGUGGUAGCGGGCCAGGUAGCGACGCCAGUGGUGGUGGUGGUGGCGGCGGUGGCGGCGAUGGAGCGGGAACAGGAGCAGGAGGCGGUGGCCACGGGGGUGGCGGCGAGGGCGGUUCGACGAAGCAGGGUGGCGAGAGGUGUCCCCAGUGCGGGAUCCUCUGUCGGGACGUCCACGUCCUUCAGCUCCAUCUCGAGGACACGCACAAGACCACCUACGCCAUCGACAAGAACGAUCUCAACGCUCAAUUCCCCCAAGUGUCGUGCAAGGUGUGCAGCAAGACCUUUGCAAACGUCUACCGACUCCAGAGGCACAUGAUCAGCCAUGAUGAGAGUGCCGUGCUUCGUAAGUUUAAGUGUCCCCAUUGCGAGAAAGCCUUCAAGUUUAAGCAUCACCUCAAGGAACACCUCCGCAUCCACAGCGGUGAAAAGCCAUUCCAAUGCAAUAACUGCGGCAAACGUUUCUCUCACUCGGGCUCGUACUCGAGCCACAUGACCUCGAAGAAGUGUUUGAUCGUGAACCUGAAGAAAUCGCGGCACACGAACGUGACCAGCGUCGAUCGAAGCCCGAAAAAAGCGCAACAACCAACGCCGCCUGGACGACGCGAGGCCGAUCUGCUCGCGGCGAACAAUAACACGUUUCUUCCGAUUCUCCCGAAACUUUCGCCCUCGGAUUAUCAGGAAAUACAACGGGAAGGAGCGGGUAUUUACGAUAUGCCGACCCUUCUGCCUCAAAUGAUGGGGUUCCGCAACUACUUUCUCCAAACGUCCCUGAGCAAGAUCCUAAAUCAGCUGCAUCCGACGAGGAAUUUGGACGAAGUGGCCGCGAAAUUCGCGCCCCAUCGGGAGCUUAUGAGCCCAUCGACGGCGGAUUCCGAAGGCACGGAGGGUACGGAGGGCAAGGAAUCCCCAGCGCCAACUGAUCAGGUCUCGGAUCGACUUCAGGGUCUGGACGCGGUUCGACUGAUCCUGGAAACGGUGAACACCUCGGUGACAAAGCAGCUGCUGGAGGCGAACGUACGGAAGCUAUCUACUUCACCGGCCACGAUGAAGCGGGAGUUCGACGAGGAUUAUCAAGAUCAAGAUAGUGAAAUGUCUAGCGAGAUGGCCCACUAUCCGGACUGGUCAGCGACGGAUCAAUAUGAUUCCCAGAGCGAAGGUUUAGCGGCGAAGCUCGAGGACGUAAAUCAACCGAGCGCGAAAUCAGGCUGCAAGAGGAAAGCCGAAGACAGCUCGGAAGUGGACUCCGAGGACGAGGAGGACUCGACGCAGACACACAACGACAACGGUAGAAGGGUGAGGGCUAGGUCGUUGAUAGACGACGAGCAAUUGGCUGUCUUGAAGGGGUACUACGCCAUCAAUCCACGGCCCAAGAAGGAGGAGAUCAUCAUGAUUGCGAAUUACAUCAAUUUUCCCACUCGUGUCGUGCAGGUUUGGUUCCAAAAUUCUCGGGCGAGGGAUCGACGGGAAUCGAAGAUACCAGCUCUGGUGCCGUUAGCCAAUCCAGCCAGUCAAACCGUCAUCGAGCAACCGCUCGAUCUCUCGAAAAAGGAAGCGCUCACGCAGUCACCGUGCAAGGAGAACGACACCAGCUGGACGAAAACCGCGAUCUCUUCCCCCGGCGAGCCGAAGAACGAAAAUCCGCCGCCGCAUAAUCAAGAUACGGACGACCUGGAGGACUCGCCUCUGGUUAUAGACGAAGAGACCACCACCGAUUCCGUGGAAACGAAACGCACAGCGCCACCGCCUUCGGUAGAAACCGUUCCAAAGACUCAGCCUCAGGCAAACACAAAGAACGAAAGCGAGAACGCGAGUCAACCGGAGGCUCCGCCAGCAGCUGAGGUCGAGCAGGGUGUCUUCUUCUGUGAUCGGUGCGACAAGACAUUCUCUAAGCACAGUUCCCUAGCGAGACACAAAUACGAACAUUCCGGGCAAAGGCCGUACAAAUGCAUGGAGUGCACAAGGGCGUUCAAGCACAAGCAUCAUCUGACCGAACACAAGCGACUGCACAGCGGCGAAAAGCCCUUCCAGUGCCGCAAGUGCCUAAAGCGCUUCUCUCACUCCGGCUCCUACAGCCAGCACAUGAAUCAUCGUUACUCUUACUGCAAGCCGUAUAGAGAAUAGAGAUAUUUCCGCUAGUUGAAGGCGAAA